AAUUAUUCCUUGAGGUAAGUGUUUCUAUCCGCCUGGCCAGACGAUCGCAACAUUUGAGCGGACAGAAGAUUUUCAUUUGUGGUACAAACGGCUUGAAAACUAAAUAGUUCUGAGAGAAACUAGAGAAUUAACCUCAAAGUAAAGCAAGAGGUUUUCUGGAAGUUUUCCCCGUGUGUUCAUUCCGCAUAUAUAUUAGAGGAAAAACAAAUAGAGAUGGCCAAAUGGGGUGAAGGUGAUCCUCGCUGGAUUGUGGAGGAACGACCGGAUGCUACCAACGUUAACAACUGGCACUGGACAGAGAAAAACGCCACACCAUGGUCGAAGGAUAGACUGAAAGCUCUGCUACAGGACUUUGUAAUCAGUGGAUCUGGCCAGGAGUGCAAAGUAGUCGAGAUCGAGAAGCUCGAGGGUGAAGCGACGGCGAAUAAUCGAAAGGGGAAACUGAUAUUCUUCUAUGAGUGGAAUAUUGUUCUCAAGUGGAAGGGAGAAAUCCUCGACGAGGAGGUGACCGGCAAGGUAGUGAUCCCGAAUCUAUCGGAGGAGAACGAUAUUGAUGAGGUGGAGCUGACCGUUUCGAUCGACAGUUCGAAUGACGCCUCAGAGAAGCUCAAAGUGUUCAUGUACAAUGUGGGACGUGAUAAACUUCGGAAACAGCUCGAGCUGUACGUAAAGGAACUGAAGCGGGACUUCGCCAAGGGUCUCAUAUUGCCGAAAAAGGGAGAGGAACACAACGACGCACCAACGAUCAAACCGGACAAGGAAACGGUUUUCGCCAGUGGGUUCAAUAAGCAAAAGAUUGAACUGCAGACAGUCGCUAGUGAGCCUAAGAAUGUUGGCUGUAAAUUGGAUGUUAAAACACUGGAGACGGUAGAAACGUUCCAGUGUAAGGCAAAUGAGCUUUACGAUGCGCUAACGCGGACGGAUAUGGUGACGGCGUUCACGCGGGGUCACGUUAAGCUGGAUCUUUUCAAGGGUGGAGAAUUUGUUUACUUCGGUGGAAAUGUAAGCGGAAAGUUUGACGAGAUUGUUCCAAAUAAGAAAAUUUCUCAGACGUGGCGGUUGAAGCAAUGGCCUGCCGGACAUUAUUCCAAUGUAGUGAUGCAGUUGGAGCAAAAGGAUGACCACACUGAAUUGAAGUUAACCCAAACGCUGAUUCCGACUGCGGAAUUCGAAGUCACAAAGGCAAACUGGAGCCGUUACUAUUGGGAUAGUAUUCGAUCGGCAUUCGGUUUCGGAAGUUUUCUGUAUUAAUAGCAAGCACUUCAAUUAUAAGCCGGAUCACAUUUCCACAGCGCAAUCGUCAGUAAUUUUUUUUGUCCGCUUGCCCUUUGUGACCUAAACAAAUAUGCAUUGGGAAAAAACUGUGUUUAUGUUUGCAGAAAAAUAUGAUUCUUAUCUUUUUCGAUGUAUGUUGAUCAGGAAAGAUAGGCAUAUUGAAGAUCGAAUGUUGACAUUAUGACGACGGAAAAGUUAUUACGGAAAAUAGUUCCGAAUCGGAUCGCAGUUCAUAAUAAUGGCGCUGAUACUUUUGAGCAAACAUUCAGUACCUCUACCAAACCGACCGCAUCCUUUCCAUCCGUAACGUUUAGUUCAAUUUUAUUCAUUUACUUCGAUUGGAUUAGCGCAACAACAGCAUUCUGUAGAUUAUAUUUUAUUUAUUAAUAUUGUGUAUCGGAAAUGUUUAUCAAAAUGUCAAUGCUUAAGCUAAAAAUUUAGGGUAAAGAUUAUGUGAUUGGCGAUAAUUUGAAUCCUAUUUAGUGAGAUAAACAGUGCAUCGGUAAAGCAUCCCAACCCAAGGCGCUAUUAUCGAGUCUAAAGAAGUUGAGUUGGAAAUGAGAAAAUAGGUUGGAAUAAAUGAUGAAAAUAAA